CCACAGGAAUAUAACGGAAAUGCGUUCUCUAAUACGACGACGACGGUGAUGUUCGAUCAUGUGUUCAACGCUAGAUGCGUGCGUGUCGUGCCGACACAACGUAUCGGAGAGGACACUGACAUGAGGUUUGAACUGCUCGGCUGCUGUAAGUACAUUUGAUCUUGUGAACAGAAGAUAUUAUAUAGCGUUCCCUGAACAAGAAUAUUUUCCAAUUAACACAAUUUUGAAUUCAUUUCGCAAGAAUGAACAUAUGCUAAUUAAUGUGCAGCAUUACUUUGCUGAAAGUAAUACAAUCAUUGUAAUACUUUUAGAGCUUUUAUAUUUCCACAGUAAUUGCGGGUAAAAUAAGCUAAUUUUCAGUAUGAUCAUAGAUGAAUACAUUCUGGAAAUAAACAAGCAUGUUUAAGGCAAAGUACAACGUAUAUGGCCUAGUAAUGCAGAAAAAGGCGGAACGCGGACACAAAAUUAAGUCUACGAUAAUUUAUUGGAAUGCAUGAAGUAGAAAAAUAAAAAACAACAAACAAAUCGACCACUUAAUUACUGAAUACAUUCCUAAAGUAACAGCUAUAUCAACCGAUGAUUAUUAAUUAAGCCAUAUUGUCUCAGCCGAUAAAAAUAGUAACGCGUUUCAAAACUUAUUCGUGAUAAGCGUACUUUACGGAACCAAUCAUAUUUAAUGUCAGGUAUUAAAACGUCAAUAAGACAGUAUCGUCUUUUCAUCGUGCAUGUCCACGUGAACUUGCAUUCACUUACUUUGAUAUUUUAUCCUGGUUGCGGAAGCUCCCGAUCAUUGCAAGGGCUUUAUCACACCACGCUCUACAGAGUUCCCCAGUCGAGAGCUUCGUAAGAUCAUGUUUGACAAGGAGAAGAUCAUUACGUCGAUGCGGAUCACCCUGACCAGUCCGGCUACCAAGCAGACGCCCGCGUUCAAGGUGGUCUAUGCAAGGGCAUGCAACUACGAAAUGGGUCAGUUCGUGAAGGAGAACGCCCAUCCGAAGCAUUUUAAGAUCCCGUUCGGUGAAAGCUCGCUAGCUUUAGAUGUACCGGGGCUCCCUAUCCGCUCCCAGUGUAUUGCCGUGCUCACCCACUGGGAGACCGGACACGACCAGAAGAGCGGCCAUCACAGAGCGGGGAAUCCAUUGUUUAAUAUGGAAACAGACGGGUAUCAAGUGACAUUCGAAGGCUGCAAUGCCUUGCCGCCUCAUGAACCAAUCGAUUCGUGUGGCAAUACCCACAUUGUGAAACAUGGCGUUAGGAAGCGCGUUGUAGGCGGCUCUUCGUUACUUCCGGGAGAGUGGCCGUGGCUGGUGUCCAUGCACUUCUUGAAAACGCCAAAAUACACGGAUCUUCCCUGGCAAUCCCAGAAUUGUGGAGCAUCACUUAUUCACCCGCAGUGGCUACUCACUGCCGCGCACUGCGUAAGUGAUGUUCUACAUGAAGGCUCAUCGGAUACAAAUAACUGGCGCGUGGUGCUCGGGGAGCACGUGCAGGGUCGAGAGGAAGGCACAGAGCAGAACCUGACUGUGGACAAGAUAGUCACACACCCCAUGUACAUGCAGGAGCCGGAGGAUACGUUGCGCAAUGAUAUCGCCCUGGUUAAGUUGAGCAGUCCCGCUCACAUGUCUGAGUACGUGAACACCAUCUGUAUCGAGCCCAAUUACACAGCGCCCGUACACAACUACUGUGUCACUGCGGGUUGGGGGCACUUAGUGGAAGGGUCAUUUUUUGCCGCGGAAAUGCCGCACCAUGCGAGUGUGCAGAUCGUUCCCACUUCCGUCUGCAUCGACCGCUACAAUCUUCCGGAGGGCGAUAAAUUAGCCAUCGAUGCCUCUGUAAUUUGCGCCGCCACUGAAGGCAGGGAUUCCUGUCAGGGCGACUCGGGCGGUCCGCUGGCGUGCUUCCAUGAUGGCCACUGGACCCAGGUGGGAGUGGUGGCUGGAGGCUUAGGAUGCGCCAACCCGCAGUACCCCGGGGUCUACACGCGCGUUAACUACUACUACGAUUGGAUAGCGACUGUCAUUGAGGCCAACUGAGCCACAAAAUCUACACGAAUAUGUGCAACCAGGAUGCGAUAUAAAACCUACUAUUGUUAAAUCACAACUGCUGGUGCAUUUGGAAGAUACCGUUCGAAAUGUUUGACACUUAAAACUCAAGUGUAUAACCCUCUCUUAUAUUUAUACGUUGACGAAGAUCUGCUCGACUUUAAAGGGGCCGUUUAACAGAUUUUGGCAUGUAUU